GCGAUUUUGCGAAGGGGCUUGUUGUUCAUUUGUAGAACGUUCCGAGCUGGGAAUAUGGGCUGCAUUUGCUCCAAAGGAGCCCCUGACAAAGUUGAUGAGUAUGAGAGAGAGAAGGAGCCCAACAAGUCUUCGGUUCAAUUGGUGGCUCCUGCUCCCUCAAAGAGACAAGAGUUUGUAGUGGAGGUUGGACGGGUUGAUGGCUCAUUGGCCUCACAAGCGCCUGCCAAUGCAGCAAAGGACAAUGAAGAGAAGAAAAGGAUGGUUGUGCAAAAACCAACCAGUGGCCAUCACCAGAGAUGGGCAACAAUGGAUUUGGGAUCGAGUAGAGAACACCCAGAAAUGUCUAGGAUAAUUAGCAUGCCCAAUGGUGCCAAAGGAGAGCAAAUUGCGGCCGGGUGGCCGUCUUGGUUAACUUCAGUUGCAGGAGAAGCCAUCAAAGGGUUGUUGCCUCGACGGGCAGAGUCUUUCCAGAAGUUAGACAAAAUUGGACAAGGAACUUACAGCAGUGUAUAUAAGGCUUGUGACCUUGAAACUGGAAAAAUUGUUGCAAUGAAGAAAGUUCGAUUUGUAAAUAUGGAUCCAGAAAGUGUCCGUUUUAUGGCUAGAGAAAUCCAUAUUCUGCGUAAACUUGACCAUCCAAAUGUUAUGAAGCUUGAGGGAUUAGUCACUUCAAGAAUUUCAAGCAGCUUGUACCUUGUCUUUGAGUACAUGGAACAUGACCUUGCUGGGCUUGCAGCAACACGUAGCAUCACAUUUACUGAACCACAGAUUAAAUGUUAUAUGCAACAAUUGCUUUGUGGCCUUGAGCACUGCCAUAGUCGUGGUAUCUUGCACCGAGACAUCAAGGGUUCGAAUCUUCUGAUUGACGAUAAUGGAGUUCUUAAGAUUGGAGACUUUGGUCUGGCCAACUUUUUUGAGCCUGAUCAAAAGCAGCCAUUGACUAGUCGAGUGGUAACUCUGUGGUAUAGAGCACCUGAACUUUUGCUUGGUGCUACGGAAUAUGGAGCUGCUAUUGAUUUGUGGAGCACUGGUUGCAUCCUUGCAGAACUGUUUGCUGGGAAGCCUAUUAUGCCUGGAAGAACGGAGGUGGAACAAAUGCAUAAGAUUUUUAAGCUUUGUGGAUCGCCCUCUGAGGACUAUUGGCAGAGAUCAAGAUUGCCUCAUGCAACUAGUUUCAAACCUCAACACCCUUACAAGCGUAACGUUUUUGAGACGUUCAAAGACAUUCCUUCUUCGGCUUUGGCUCUUGUUGAUAAACUCCUUUCAGUAGAACCAGAUAAUCGAGGAUCAGCUGCUUCUGCACUUAGAAGUGAGUUCUUCACAGCAAAGCCCCUACCCUGUGACCCAUCAAGUUUACCGAAAUAUCCUCCAAGCAAGGAGUUCGAUGCCAAGCUUCGAGAUGAGGAAGCAAGAAGGCGGAAAGCUGCAACUGUAAAAGGACAUGGUCCUCAAUCUGUUCGAAGGGGUACCAAUGCAGUGCCAACACCAGAAUUCAAUGGCCAGGGAGAUAUUUCUUUGAAGUCAAAUCCCAAAGCCUCGAGUCAUAAGUACGAUCCCCUGGAGGAUGGUGGGUCUGGUUUCCUGAUGGAGCCGCCUAGAGGAGGGAGGCAGAAUGGCCUCUCUAGUUCUAGUUCAAUGGUGCACCCCUGUGCAGUAGGAUCAUCAUGGAAUAAGACGGCAGCCCCUGCAAGAAACAGUGGAGAGUCACAGGUGCAGAAGUCUCACAUACCUCAGGCAGUCCCUGGAAAAGAUCCUGGAGUGGGAUAUGUACCAAAGAAGAACAGAAUCCACUACUCUGGACCAUUGAUGCCCCCGGGGGGAAACCUUGAAGACAUGCUCAAAGAGCAUGAGAGACAAAUACAACAGGCUGUCCGUAAAGCGCGCCUUGACAAGACCAGGACCAAUAAAAACUAUGAUAAUUGCCAUUCAAGAAAUGUCUGAUGAUCCUCAAAAUAUGAAACUCAUGUGCCUUGGUGGGUAGGGAUUCUGUAUGUAUGACCUAGUUGUUCAGCUGACCAGUGAAUGCAACUUGCAAACCAGUAGGAAACUACUUUCAUAAUCACCACAUAUUGAUAGAUAUAAUAUGCCACUAAGGUUUAACCUAGAAUGUUGCAGAGGAAAAAGAAGAAAGAAGAAGAGAAAGAAAAGAAGUCAUUCAAGAUGGUUUGGAAGGGUCUGGGCAUUUCUUUCAUUGCUUGGACAGGAUGGGAAGGCGGUUGCUUUGUAUAGUGGAAAG